AACAGAUGUUCAGAGUAAAUUUCACACUCUUUAGAGUGCUAUGCUAUGGAGAAGUGCUAAGCUGUAUUUUUGGAGUGACUCACUGACAAAGUAACCCUACUGCGGAGAUCACAACAUUUGAGUAACAUGAAAGAAGAUCUUCAAACUGACACCCAAGAAGUAAAUACAACAGAUAAAGAAAAUAAUGGAAAAUCCAUAAAAUUGUCCACAGUCGAGUCAUUUACAAUUAGUGAAGAAAAUGCAUACGGAAUAUGUGAUUCUGACAAAGGUCAAGCUUCAGAUCAAUCCCAGCCUCUAGGUGAGUCAUCUGCUCACUCAGGAACUCCACAAAUGCCUGAAAAGAAGAAACAAAGAAAAGAGAAAGAUAAAAAAAUUAGAUCAUUAGGUUUUCAACCGUUAGAUGCCAAAAGAAAAACAAAGAAAAUGGUAGAUAUGCUAGACUUUUUAGAAAGGGAACGAAAUGUUUCCCUAUUGGAUGAUAUUUGUAGAUCAUACGGAUUUAAUAAAAAGAGUAAGAAAAAUCCACAACCAUUAGAAAAGCAGUGUUCUUAUUCUACUUCAAGUCCAGUUAACUUUCCAUCUAGAUCUGAAUUAGUUGAUCCUUGUGAUGUAGAUUCUAUUGGAGUAUCUCCAAAUCAGGGCUGCAUCUCUAAACCUUAUCUAAAUGUGAAAGAUAGUGAAGAGGACACAAAUAUCAAAAGCAUUUCAGAUAAUGAUGUAGAUAUUAGGAAAAUGGUAACUCCUCCUAAAGACGAUAACUCAGACAGUCAUUCUUCAAAUGACACAAAAUCAAAUCCAGGAGUAGAUUAUUUUGAAGGUAGGAUGCAACUUGAGGAGUGUGGAGGCACAGAAUUCUACCCGGCAAUCGCAAUCGGUGAAGACAAAAUAGAAACUGAUUAUAAUUUAAAAUGCACAUUUGAGGAUAAUGAAUCACCAGUGCUGAAUUUGAAAAUCAGCAGCAUUGAAGAUGAAUGGAUUGACCCUGAUGGAUACACAUCUGAUGAGAGUAUACUAGUGAUAGAUGAGGGUAUUGACACUUACAAUACAAAUACUCAGGAGACAGGAAAAGAGACAAUCCCAGAAACAACAAGGCAACAAGAAAACAAUGCUCAUGUUAACGUUGACACCAAGGAAGUUAACAUAUCAUCUACACCAAAUGGCGAUCGGACAUCGGAACAAAACAAACUUUCAUUUUCUAGAAACAAUUACCCUUUUACAGCAAAAUCAUCAAUGCGUAAUGAAGAGUCAAAGAUGGUAAAAGAAAGAAUUCAAUACACAAAAUUAAGGGAUAACUAUACUUCUGAGGGUCAAGAUGACAAAGCAAACCAGAGAGGAAGUUCUCUUCAAAAUCAAAGUUUGACAGAAGGCCAUUUAGUCAGAAAAAUUAAACUUAAAAAGCUGGACAAGAAGGACGAGAGCUAUAGGCCUAUAUGUAAUGAUCAAGAUCAAAGGUCAUCCAGUGCAAAAUGUAUUGAAAACACACAAUCUCUUGAAUUAAAGUACUAUCCAACUGACAGUAAAGCAAAUAGGGAAAUUGAUAUUAUUGAUGUUGACAAUUACACAGAGGCUGAAAAAGAAUUUUCUAAAUCUAAAUCUCCUGAAAACAUCAGACUCAAGUCCUCUGAACAGCAAGUGAGUUCUUCAGAUAUGGGAUUAAAUGAUUCCACCAAAAUGAAUUUAGAAAUGUCUGGAAACAAACAACAGAAAAGUACUACACAGAAUAAGUAUAGCGUAUUGCAAAGACAUUUGGAACUAGGGAAUCUCGCUGAGAGGUACUCAAUACCGAUGUAUCCAAGGACAAGUAGGAGGAGCCACAGUAGAACAGAAUCCUGUCAUGUCAAACCAAGCGCAAAUAAUGCAAAUAUUUCCUUUACAAAUUUGGAAACUGAGUCAAAUUUUGCAUCACAUUCAGAUAUUUUCACUCAAAAUCCCCUUGGAGAGUUUAAUAAAGUAAUUUACGUGCUCUACAGGGAACUUCUAACACCUCAUUCCCAGAACACAAUCGGACAACUUACUGAAAUUUUAUUUCUUGUCGUCAGCGAGUCGGUCAGGUACUUCAAUCGAUGUAGAAAAGCGAAAAGAAUGAAUUCAGCAGAACUAGUAGUACGAGAAGAAGUGUUGGCACACAGGGACUUUCAAGCAAAUACCAUAUUUUACGGGAUGUAUUUUACCCAUCUGUUUAAAAACGUAGUGCAAUGCUUUCCAACAACAAAAGAAUUUCACACCUUUAUGUACUUGGCUUUGUUUGUAAAUCUCUUUAGGAAACUGAAAUCAGUCUAUAAUGUCCAUACCAGUUAUUUACACAUGGCAAGAAAACUGAUUGUAUCAAUGUUGAAAGCUAAUAUGUAUGAAGACAUAACUGUGUUCUCUGCUGUUUGUAAACCAGAUCCUGUUUUCGAAACAGAUUUCAUUUUGGUAUCUCAACUCAUAGACUCAUUUGUCGAGUAUAUCAAAACUCCUGAAAUGGACUUCCUUCCUCAAGAUAACUAUCCAGUUUUUUCACAGCUGAGUGAUUUACAACAACCCAGUACUUCUGGUUUUUCCAGGAACCUAACACACCCGGAAUUUCCAUCUGUAAGAGUGACAGUGGGUCCAAUGCCUAAUUUUACUUCUCAGUCUACAAAAACACAAACACAUCAAACAAAAUCGCUAGAAGAAACCAACACUCAAGGUUGUCUAAGAAUACAUUCUAAGCCCAAACACAACACCCGUAGAGACCAACAAACUUAUUCUCAAUCUGAUUUAGAAUCAUUGGCAACAAACAGAAAGCCAAGACUUCCUAACAUUUUGAUCCCUGAAAACAACCCAAUGUUCCAGCUUUCUUCUCAAAUUCCCACGAUGUCACCGUUUUCAAGUGAAGCAUUAACCACACCAGGUCACCAGACCAGCUCAUAUUCUGGACCGAGGAUCACUCCUAACUUAGCCAUGCCUGAUCCAGCCGAUUCUAACAUGAGUAAUACGAAAACCUCAACAAGGCUAUAUGGACACAACCAUUGCCGAUCCUCAGGAGUCCACCUAUGGAGGCCGACUGCUCUUCGUCCAAGAUUCCGACCUGGUUUACCUUAUUAUCUACCACCAUUGUUUCUAAAUCCGUCAAUUCCUUCCCCUGCAUUAGGGGCCAAUUGCUUGUGAAUUCCUCCUGCUAUGGGUGAUCUGAUAAAUGAAUUGUUAUUUGAAAAUGUG